AGCUCAUGAAAAUUUACCUUUUCACUUUUGUCUUGUUUUGUGAUCUAAAGUUGAAUGCUGAUUGAACACAAAUAAAGUGCAUAAAUGAGUUGUGUUACCUGUGCGAACUUAAAUUUUUAUCAAUGAAAUUCCAUUUAUGUAUGAAUCGCAAUUGUGUAGAGAUGAUGUAAAAAUAUCAAUGAAAUAAGAUAUAAACAAAAACGUAAGCCAUGUGUUCUCACGAGAGCAUCACAUGGACAAUCACGGACAAUUCUGUUACGGACAGAAUGCUCGAGAAUUCCCUGAUACACAAAUUUAGACGAUCACGGAAAAUACGAAAGAGCACAAAACUACUCAAUACUGAAAUAAAGAAACAUUGUAGUGUGACAGAUUACCUGCAUUAUGUAGAACUGAAAACAAAUGUCACACGAAACUUAGUAAAAGACACCGAUACUAGUGAUAGUAGCAGUCUCAGUGAUGUUGAUUAUGAUAUUAUAUAUAAUUCAUCAAAACGAGCCAAAUAUAAAGCCAGAGAUUUUCAGAAUUAUGUUUCUGUCAGCGAGGAGGACUAUAAAGGCUGUAACAGAAGAACUGUCAUACGUAAGAAGAAAAACAAAGGCACAGAAAGAAGAGUACAAGUGAGAAAAUCACCGCGAUUGAAUCCUGUAGUGUCUGAGGAAUGUAUUAAUACAGGUUGGCAAGAAGUUAUAAACAAGAAUAAUAGUGUACCACGUAAACGAUCAUAUACAAAUAUCUCGAAUAAUAAAAGAAAUAUGAAGAUUAAUGAUUGUAUUCAUUCGAGAGCUCAAUCUAAUAAGCAAUCUCUUUCUCCACAAUUAGAUUCUCAAAUCGGUUUGACAUCGAAUAUAAUGAAAUCUGGAAAUAAAUAUGUGAGACAGAAUCACGAAGAUUUUGAUGCAAUAGAUAAUAAAUUAAGUUCCAAAGAUAAUACGAUAUCCAAUAAAAUAAAACCUGUGAGUAAAAGAAAGUUACAAAAUAAAAAAGAUCAAAGUGCAACAAUAAAUGAAUCAAAUAUUGAACUUGAUUCUCAUGGUUUACAUUAUCACUCAUCUCUACCUCAAUCGACAAGUUUAGAAAAUAGUACUAAUGCUGAUAAUGAAUUAAAUUCCCUUGUUAAAUCAAAAGAUAACAUCAACAAAUCAACUGCAAUAAUCGAAAGUUCAAUAAAUGCGAAGAAUUGUAACGCUUAUAUAAAUUACAAACCAAAAUUGUUAAAAGAUGUUAAAAGGAACUUGAUACCAGCGCUAGAAAAAGCCGAUUGCAUGAAUCAUAGUAAAGAUAUAACAGAUAAAAAUAUAGGAAAUGAAUUAAGUUAUGAUCAGUUACUUCCAGAUAUCGUAAAUUUUGAUCGAUACCACAGUACACCAUUAAAGAAAAUACAAACAAAUAUACCUAAUAAAGAUUCGUCAUCAGAUGUUUUGCAGGACCAACAAAAAGACUCUGGAAUUGAUGAAGAUUCGCAAGAUAAGUUGGUCAAGAUCGAAAAAUCUAAUAAGAUUCCAAUGAAUCAAAAUAUGGAAAAAAACGCAAAGAAAAUUUUUAUUUCUUCUCUUGAACUGAAAAAAAUUGACGAAGUAUUCGAAACAAUGGAAGAUAGUGUAGAGGUUGUAAAGGAUCCACAUUUUAAUGACAUUUUAAGAGAACAAAUUAACAAAGAAGAAAGGACACCUUCUGGAGAAGAAGAAAUGAAAAAUGCCCCCCAAUUAAAUCAAAUUAAUAUGAAUGUAGAAACAAAUGAAAAAGAUGAAAAUUCUGUAAAAGCGAAUGAUUCAAGUGAUAUUCAAAAACAACAAUUGUUAUCUCCUAAACAAGAUUGUAUGAAGAAAACUCAUUCGAAGCCUUGCAGUCUUAUUCAAGAGGAAGAAGAUGAUAGAAUAGUAAAAAUUCCCGCUGAAGAAGAAAAAGAUAUAUCUCUCCAAUUAAAGGAAGAUAAUGUAAAGGUCGAUGUAGAGGUUCCUUCAAUUAAUCACAAAGGAAAACAAAAUAGCAAAGAAGAAAAAGAAUUCUCUGAAGAAAAAAUAAAAAAUUUCCCUCAAUUAAAUCAGAUUGGUAAUGUCACAGAAAUUCGUUCGAUAAAUCAUGAAGAUCGAACGCAUUUCGUAAAAUCAGAAAACUCACUCGAUGUUCAAAAACAACAAGUGUUAUCUCCUAAGGAAAAUCAUAUAAAAGAUAUUUAUCCGAAAUCUAACAAUAAUAUUUUAGACGAAAAUAAUAGACAAACAAAUGAUGAGAAAGAAGUAAAUAAUUUCUUCCAAUUAAAUGAAGUUGAUAAGAAUGGAGAAAGGCAUUUAAUAAAUCAAGAAGAUGAAGCUUGUAUGGAUACACAUGAUACACAAAAACAUCAAACUUCAUUACCUAAAAUUACGUGUACUGAAAUUCUGAACAAAAAAUAUAAGCUAAUAUAUAAGGAAGACGAUGUUGUCAAGAGUAAUAUAGAAACACUUGAUAAAAUUGAUAAUACGAAUAUUAGCAAUGAAAAUCCUUCUAUAAGAAAGAAUACUUUAAUAUAUUGUCCAGAUGUCGUUGAUCAUAAUACUGACAAUUUGCAAGAAACAACGAUAAAUGAGGAAGAAAUUGAAAUACCAAUGACAUUGGAAACUGAUAAUGAAGAGGAUAAUAUGAACUAUAUGUCACCUCAAACUAAAAAGCGACUUCAGCAGCAAGCAAGAUUGAAUUUAAUAGUAAACAGCGAUUCUAGUGAAAGCGAUGACGAAUAUGUCACCAAAAUUUCGCAAAAACAUAUUGACAGUUCAAAUAUGAAUUAUUGCAAUGAAGACGACAACUUAAGCAAUGAUGAAAUCAACUGCGCUCCUAAACAAACCGAAACAGUCAUUUCAUGUAGAGAAGUAAAAUUAGAUAUAAUGAAUAUGAAGGAAAACAUAGAAAAGACUGAAUCAUUAAUAAGUUGUACAUAUGAGAAUAAUGAUUCAUUGCAAUCUGCAACAAACAAAAACCGAUUACAGGAAACGCCAAAUUGUGAAAAUGUACAUAAUGAUAACCAAAGUCGAGAAAACUUAAUUGAAAGUCUUCAGUUAAGAGUUUCUGAUAGUGAUGUUUCGUGCAACAGUAAGAAAUCUAUCAAUGAAUUUCAAAAACACAAACAAUCUAUGUUAGAUAAGGAGAACAUAUGUACUAAAAGUAAUCAGAAUGAAGAAGCAAUAAGCACUGAAUUUAAGACAAGACAUGAAUCCGAACACAAGCAAAGUACACAAGCAUCAAUCAAAUGUUCAAACACACAUCUUAAUAGCUCUUGCCAAUAUAGACCAUGCAAUUUACAACAACUAAUCGAAGAUCAAGACUUGUUUGUGGAAACAAUACCAGCAAGUUUUACAUUAACCGAUCUUUCUGAAGACGAAGAAGCUUUUAUCUUAAAUGUUCCAAGCAAGGUACUGCAAAGCAACUUGCAAGGUCAAGUACUGACAUUAAAAGAUAAAUCGAUAAAACUCAAUGAAAAUAAAUAUAGAAUUGUAUGCAAAGAAGUGGGUACAACAUCUUGUAUUUUUGCUACAGGUAAAAAACAGAAGCCUUAUAAGAUCAUAAAUAUUAAAAAUAUCAGUACUAUUACCGUACGAGAAAAAUUGCCACAAGAUUCGAGAAAGUCAGAUGUAUUGAAUUCUAAUAAUACUGUUUCUUCUAUGCCAAAAGUACUGAACAAAAAUCAACAAACAGAUACAAAGAGAAAUUCAAAAUGGUUGAAAAUCUUCAAUAAGAAGCGCAAACGAAAAGAAAGUUCAGAUCCUGAAACUUAAUAUCUGCAAUGAAGAAGGAACUUAUUCUUAUAAAUUAAAAAUAUUAAAGAAAAAA